AUGGAAGCUAUCGGUGCCGCUGCCAGCGGCAUAGCCCUGGGCCAGCUGUGCAUAGGCAUCUCCAAAGCCGUCCAUCUCUGGCACUCGAUCGAAGAUCUCCCCGUAGACAUCCAAGACGCCGUCGACCGCCUCGAAGCUCUGGGUCCCGUCCUGGAAGACAUGUUCACCAUGAUUUCCAGCUCCGAAGGUGACGACUACGGCGGCCCGGAUCCGAGUCUCCAAGUACCGGCUCGACACGCGAAGGCAUGCGUUGCAUACGCCACUAAGGCGCACCACGCUCUCAAGGACAUGGUCGAUAAGUUACAGACUGCUACGCAUAAACCGCUAAAAGCGAGUCUUCACGGUCGUGCGAAACGAAAGAUGAGACUUGCGUGGGCUGGGUUGAAACGUGAUGAUGUGGUUAAGUUGGAGCGGAGGCUAGAUUCGGCGGUUGGGAUGGUUCUUAUAACAGCUGAGAAGAUGGCGGCGAAGGUUGUCAAGAGUCAGAGGAAGCUACACGAGAACAACUAG